AUGUCUCUUGUGGAAACAACCGCAGCACCUAAGAGGCGAACAAUCUCGCCUUAUGAUCUCACAUCUGGAGAUAACCCCGGUGCCGUCAUCUCAUCCCCGUUGCUCAACGGUACGAACUAUGAUGAAUGGGCAAUUAACUUGCGGAUGGCCUUGAGCUCACGCAAGAAAUUCAGAUUCAUUGAUGGAAGCAUAGCCAAACCUGCAGCUGACUCGCCAAAUCUCGAAGAUUGGAUUGCCAAUAAUCAUCUAUUGGUGGGGUGGAUAAAACAGACUAUCGAACCUAAGAUACGAUCGUCUAUAUCUACUCGUGAAGUUGCAAAAGAGCUGUGGGAUAUAAUCAAGAAGAGGUUUUCGGUGAAGAGUGGAGCAAGACUCCAACAGCUCCGCAAUUCUCUAGCCACUUGCAAACAGAACGGGACUUCGGUGGACGACUACUUUGGGCGCCUGACGAAGAUCUGGGAUGGAAUAAAGGAAUGUAUGAAUUCGAAACAGUGUAGUUGUGGAAAGUGCGAAUGCGACCUUAACACAGCUCAUGAAAACGAACGAGAGAUACUAAGAGUUCAUGAUUUCUUAUCAGGUCUUGAUGAGUCGGUACAUGGUGUGAUCAGAUCACAAAUCUGCGCCAUAACCCCGCUACCAGACCUUGACAGUGUGUAUCAGACUGUGGUGCAGAAUGAGACGAUUAGAUCGAAUGCGACCACAACACAAGAGACGCAAGUAAUGAGUUUUGCUUCUCAGCUCCCGCCUCCUGCGUACAACAAACAAGGGAGCGCUGGAGCACGUUCGGUGCAUCCAACUAACAGAGACCCUACUCGCAAAUGUUCUGUGUGUGGUCGUACGGGACAUGAUGUAACCUCGUGCUUCAAGAUAGUGGGGUAUCCUGAAUGGUAUGGUACAAAUCCUGCUCGGGGUCGUGGUUUUUCUGGACGAGGACGAGGUGGAACUCCUCGUGCAAAUAGCACACAAAUAGUGGGAGCUAACUCGGCGGUUCUUCCAUCCUCUGUUGUUCUUACCGAGAGUGACAGGCAAGGACUAAGUGGCAUCUCUGAUGAGCAGUGGAAGAUCAUUCAACACAUGGUGGGGAACUCAUCUAAGCCUGAAACUCUGAGUGGUAAGAUGAAUGGUAUUGAAUGGAUUUUAGACACAGGUGCGACUCAUCAUAUGACCAAAAGACUGGACAUACUGGAGGAUGUUCACUCGAUACUUCCAGUCUCUGUAAAGCUGCCUGCUGGAUCGAAUGUCUUUGCAUCCAAGCAAGGGACAUUUCGAUUGAAUCCCAAACUAAUUACUGAUAAGAUGUUGGUGUUGCAGGACCGCACUACGAAGACGCUGACUGGAGUGGGUGAAAGAGAGAGAGAGGGACUCUACCGGUUGUGUGGAAUUGCAGAAGUAACAUCGCUACAUACGAAGACACAGUUUUCAAAGAAAAUAAAGACAAUAAGAAGUGAUAAUGGUACGGAGUUUGUUUGUCUCACCCGUUUCUUUCUGGAGAAUGGUAUCCAUCAUGAAACCUCGUGUGUUUACACCCCGCAACAAAACGAACGGGUGGAGCGAAAGCACAGACAUAUAUUGAAUGUGGCAAGGGCGCUGCGAUUUCAAGCGCAUCUUCCUAUUGGGUAUUGGGGUGAAUGUAUUAAAGCAGCUGUAUAUCUUAUGAACCGGACACCUUCACAGUUAUUGAAUGGUAAAACUCCAUAUGAAAAAUUAUAUGGUCGUGAGCCAUCAGUUCGGCAUCUACGAGUAUUUGGCUGUCUCGCCUAUGCUCACAAUAUUAAUCAUGCUAGUGAUAAAUUUGCGCCUAGGAGCCGGCGUUGUGUCUUCUUAGGCUAUCCUUCUGGAAAGAAGGGCUGGCUGUUGUAUGACUUGGAGAAAAGAGUCAUCUUCCAUUCUCGAGAUGUUGUCUUUAGUGAGAAUCAAUUUCCAUUAGCUAAUCAGUCUAAUGGAAGAGUCUCUGUCACACCAGAAAUAUCACCAGAGUUUGGAGAAGUAUCAUUCAAUGACUCUGCUUCAGAAGAUGUUGAGACUGCAACUGUAACAGAGGAACAGAGUAUCGAACAGAGUCUGGAUGAAACAGUUACUGCAGCACUGAAUGAUUCAUCUACUGAAGUGUGUAAUGAAACGGUUUCUGCAGUUCCGGCUGAGAUGAUUCCGACAAACAAUAUUGAGGUUACUGUCACGGAGCCUCCUACAUCGUCUGCUCCAGUUGAGACGUCCUUAGGACGAGGUCACAGACAGAAAACUCAGUCUACUCGUCUCAAGGACUAUGUUGUCAACACAGUAACUAUUGAGCAAUCUCUCUCUCUCUCGUCAACUUCACCCACUACACAGCUAUCUUCAGGUUCGGUCUAUCCUCUGUCUGAUUACUUAUCUUCUCAUAAAUUCUCACCUAACCAUCGCAGCUUCCUGGCCUCGAUCUCUUCCCAUACUGUCCCUCGCACUUUCUUGGAAGCGAUGGAAGAUGACAUAUGGAAGGGAGCGAUGGGAUCCGAGUACACUGCUAUAGACGAACAACAUACAUGGGAUCUUGAACCUCUUCCACCCAACAAACGAGCUCUUAACUGUCAAUGGAUCUACUCGUGGAAGUACCAUGCCGAUGAAACCGUUGAACGUCCCAAAGCAAGUUAG